AGGACAUUGGUGAUUGAAUAAACAUUGAGGCAGCCCAACCCAGGUGUCUGACUUCCCCUUUAAAUGAGUCAUGAUAAAAAUAUUGUUUGGAGGAGGGGGGCGAGAAUAUCUGUGAAAUAAUUUAUGAGCCUUCAAUGGAGCGCCGGCAGCUUGCAGGACACUUAUUAUCAGGACAGAAGCCAGAGUCAGAACCAGAAGCAGAGCCAAAAAGCUACUUGGCCAUCACAGCAUUCGCGUUAAAAAUAGAAUGUAAAAUAUUUAUAUGCAGAAACAUGCGCAGCAGCUCAUUGAUAAAAGCCCAGGAAUUGCUGCGCGCACUCUCUCUCUUGAGAGAAAGGGCUGGCUGGAGCAUAGAAUCCUGCAGGAUAUUAUACAUGCCGUGGCCUUUUAUGCUGCUGUCCUUAUAUCUUCCCAUUCAGUUUCGAAGAGUCGCGCAUCGAGAGCAGUUGGAUCACAAAAUCAGAAUCGUUCUGGAGUUGUUUUGUGUGUAUAUCUAACGCAUCCAAAGCAGAGUCACACCAUGAGACAUAAUUAUAACGCGAUUUUGCUGGCAGCGUUUCUGACAUGGUCGGGGGUAUUGUGUAGCACAGUUGUGGCCACCACAGAGGGCCAAGAAACCCCUCUGGCACUUCCGGUGGCUGAGCAGACCCAGCCCACCACAGCCAUCCAGGGGGAGGUGUGGGAGGAGGACGAUCACGAGGUCCUUAUCCGAAACGAGCGUGGCACCAAGAGUGAUGGCCUGUCCUGCCGAUAUGGCAAGAAUCCUUGGACCGAGUGUGAUACAAAGACCAAUACGCGAUCCAGGACCUUGACUCUAAAGAAGGGAGAUCCAGCAUGCGACCAAACGCGUACUAUUCAGAAGAAAUGUAAAAAAGCUUGCCGGUAUGAGAAGGGUUCCUGGUCGGAGUGCGCCACUGGACAGAUGACCCGGGCCGACAAAUUGAAGGCCAGCAGUGAUCCUUCCUGCGAAGCAACGCGAGUCAUCAAGAAGAACUGCAAGCCCGGCAAGUCCAAGGAUAAGAGUGCCAAAGAGCAGCGCAAGAACAAGGACAAAGCCGCUCGCAAAGGACGCGUUUAAGUGAUUUCGUAACCUAUUUAAUUUAAACUCUCAAACCCGUGUUGGUUUGCAGCCUUGCAAACGAUUUAAGUUGAUAAUGAUUUUUUAAUAUAUUUAUAAAACAGAUAAAUCGUAAUGACAUUAACUGUCUGCUAUGUAUACCCGUAAAGCAUUUUAAUUAAAUGCACAUAUUGAUUAAAUGUUGUAGUUUGGUUUCCAAGCAAACGAUACACUUAAUAUAAACAGCAGUACGUUCAAUUGUAAAACAUAAUAGUAACUUUUGCGAAAUUAAAAACAUAUUUAUGCAAUGCAAAAUAAAAGAUAUAUUCAUACAAUACCAUACAUACAUAAAAUACCCGAAAAUAAUUUAGUUUAUUCCAAAGACAACAAAAUACAUACAGAAUACAGAAAGCAUAAAUAAAUUAAAGUAAUUCCCUUUAAAAAAUUAUGAUAACAAAACAAAAACCAAAAAAAAACCAGCAGUCUGACAUUUUAAACCGCAACCCGAGACUUGUCACAGAAAUUUAGCAGAGUUGUUCUUCAAUUGAAUUUUGAAAUAAUAUUAACCGUAAAUCUAAAAACAAAACAUUUAAUCAGAUUAUUGGUGUAAAAUUUUUUGGCAAAUAUCAGCUUCCGAUUCUGAUCUCAAGAAAAAGCAGAACGAUGCUAUAUAUUGCGAAAAUGGAAACCAACAACGGAAAUUGAAUAAUGAAAUCAAAGAAAAACCGGUAAGAAGUUUGUCAUUCGCAGAUAAUAAAUAAAUAAAUUAAAAACCAAAAACACUUAGUGUAAAUAUUGUAAAAAAAAAAACAAAAAAUAUAAAAACCCUACUAUAAUGUAUGUACGAAUGAGGCAGGAUUGGCGAUCCUUCGCCCGUAUCCUUGCUGCAUUGUAGGCGAUUGGCAUUUUAAAGUAGUUUACAACUCAUUUUCACUGGAAAUUUUGAUUCCAUCUUCGCCAAGAAAAAUAAAAGAAAUAAAAAAUAAAAAAAAAUUUAAAAAAACACACUUGUCGAAGUACCGACAUACAUACAUACAUAUUCGUACAUAUUUUGAUCCAAAGUUGUACCAUUUCCAAGAUAUGGUUUACCUUUUUAACAAAAACAUAUAAACUUAGAACGUUAACUACGACUUAAUGUAUUUGCCUGUAAGCAGUUUUACAACAUACCCCUUACUAACUUACAGCAAAAAAGAAACAAAAACAGAAAAACAGAAACAUAAACAGAAAAGCUCGCUCACAGCAUGCAAAUCCACACACAAAAAACCCAUCAUCCCUAGGGGUUUUUUUUAUUCCACAAGGACGAGAGGAGCAAAUACACAAAACCACUUUUUCCCAAAAGAAAAACUAAAAAAUAAAAAAUUAUGUGAAAUUUGUUUACGUACGUAUACAUGCAGACGCAUACAAUAUAAGAAAACAAAAACAAAAAGUAACUGAACUUUAAUAAAUACAAAUAUUACGGAAAAAA